GAUCACCCUAUAUCGCACUUUGCCAAUAUGGUAACGUGGGAUAGAGGAUUAGAAGUAUUAGAAAUCUCUCUCUCUCUCUCUCUCUCUCUCUCUCACACACACACACACACACACACACACACACACACACACACACACACACACACACACACACACACACGCGCGCGUCAUGAAAAAUAUGACAUUGACGUGAUUUAAACUCUACAUCUGGUGAUAAAGACAAUCCAACAUUUAGACAGAAUAGCAAAAAGCCUUCAGAAUGACUCAAUGAAAAAGUUUGCUCCCUAGUGCGCAAUUUGAACGCUGAUAUGACUUUCACCAACAAUCCCGUGCUCCAGAAUCUCACGGACUGCAGAAGGCCUCCCGUUCAGUGUGCAGAUCUCGCGAUAGUUUUGCGGUAGCUCAGCGCAGUCACUGGGUGCAGCAGGGCUAAGCGAGACGGAGAGAGAAGGUAAGCGGGUUGGCUGCAUCAUGGCGGAUAGAGACAGUGGAAGUGAGCACAGUGGAUUUGCCACAGGCCCCGGCGCAGGCCCUGGACCUGCGCACCCUGGUGAGAUGGGUGCAGCAUCGCGGCUCCAGCAUGACACGGAGGAGCUCGCAUCGAAGCGGGUUGACAUCCAGAACAAACGCUUCUAUCUGGAUGUGAAGCAGAACCCCAAAGGCCGCUUUCUGAAGAUAGCAGAGGUCGGGGCCGGGGGAAACAAGAGCCGCCUUACUCUCUCCAUGUCGGUGGCCGUGGAGUUCCGCGACUACCUGGGAGACUUCAUCGAGCACUACGCCCAGCUGGGCCCCAGCAACCCUGACGUGGUGCAGGACGAGCCCAGGAGAGCGCUUAAGAGCGAGUUCCUGGUGCGGGAGAAUCGGAAGUACUACAUGGAUCUGAAAGAAAACCAGAGGGGGAGGUUUCUGAGGAUCCGACAGACCGUGAAUCGGGGGCCCGGAUUGGGAACGUCGCAAGGCCAGACGAUCGCUCUUCCAGCUCAAGGACUCAUCGAGUUCCGCGAUGCGUUGGCCAAACUCAUCGACGACUUCGGAGUGGACGAGGACCCCGCGGAGCUGCCGGAGGGCACCUCAUUGACUGUGGACAACAAGCGCUUCUUCUUCGACGUGGGCUCCAACAAGUACGGAGUGUUCAUGCGGGUCAGCGAAGUGAAGCCCACCUACCGCAACUCCAUCACGGUGCCCAGCAAAGUGUGGUCGAAAUUCGGCGCGACGUUCUGCAAAUACGCCGACGAGAUGAAAAAGAUCCAGGAGAGGAGCAGGGAGAGAAGAGCGCGAGAGAUGCUACCAGAGGGCCUGCACGGAGACGACGGAGACGAGGAUUAAUGGAUAUAUAUUGACAGACGUGCCCGUGGAGAUUAGGACAUUGACAAGAGAUAGAACGAAUGACAUGAUAAUCAAACCUUGCUGCAGUGCGAAAUGUGAGAUCGAAUUCCAAGGGAUCGCUCUACACACAACCCUCACAGACUUUAACAGUUGCAUCUCUUCACCCAUCGCCGGAUGUUACCCACUUACCAACCAUUUAACAGUAAGACGCUGCUAUCGAUUACAUGAUGUAUAUGAACCGUAUCCAGGACGGUCCGGGAGUGCGUGUUUUUCUCUUUCCCCACGUGUUUGACACAUCCAAGCUAUUCUAACACUAUUCCAAAGGUGCACAUUGAAAAACAGAAAUGAUAAAUGAAUAACUACUGCUCACUUUUGACUUCCAGCACAAAAGCUAGCUACAUUAUUUAGGAACCAUGUGAACCAAAUGUUCUAAAUGAACAUCAGAAGUAACCAGGGGCGUAGAUAACGGGGGAUGGGGGGGAGGUAACCCCCCCAUAAUCAAAACAAGUAAGUACAAACCCCCCCCCCACCCCCCGCCCAAUAUUUAAACAACAAUUUAUGGAAACAAAUAAAUGCUUCACGCUGCAUAACCCCUCCCCCCAAUAAUGUUCAAGCCAAAUCUACGCCCUUGGAAGUAACGGUACGCUGAUGAGACAGUGCUGCUGUCUUUUUGUCAACAUGCACUUAUGUCGAUCUAUAAAAGCGGAUGUCACCCUUUCUUUUUGUUCGGAAAAUCUAGAUAUGUUGUUUACUCGUUUACCUUUUAACGAUAUACACCAAGCAAAUGAGUUUAUUUGCACGCGUCAUGCAAUGUGCUUCGGUAGCCGCGCAGUGAAUCCGGGGCGCUCGUGGUCUUGCUAAAACGCCCGGUUGACGUUUGUUCCUGUUAAAAACAAAUCCUGUUGCACCAUGCCCGCGACAUUUGGGCAAACAGUUUCAUUGAAGUGCUGACUUAGAUAUACAAAAUAUGAUUUUGUGAAUCAGAUGUACUUAGAUCCUUAUGAAAUUACCCACGUUUUCA